AUGCUUCUCAACAAAGUCCUUGCACUCGUUCUCGCCAGUAUAAUCCCCACGGGAUACGGGGCCACUGCACCCUCAACUACCGAUUUGGCGCCUCCAAAAUGGGUCCAUCCCGGAGCCAUGAUCAGCCUGUCUCAACUGGACUUUAUUAGACAGAAGGUAAAGAACACCGAACAGCCCUGGGCAGAAGCAUACGACGCCCUUCUUAGGGACAAGUUCAUGUCGCCUCCAACGGACCCAUCUCCGCAUGAGAUCGUCGAGUGUGGUCCCUACUCCAAACCAGAUGUUGGAUGCACCGCCGAACGCCAUGAUUCGUUAGCAGCGUACGGAAAUGCUCUUGCAUGGGCAAUCAGUGGCUCCGAGGACUACGCAGAACGGGCGAUUCGGAUUAUGAAUACUUACUCAUCCACUAUUAAGGGCCACAACAACACCAAUGCGCCACUGCAGUCGGGAUGGGUUGGUUCUGUCUGGGCACGAGCAGGCGAGAUCAUCCGAUAUACAGAUGCUGGGUGGGCUUUGGCUGACAUUCGUCGCUUCGAAUCCAUGUUGCGCAAUGUGUAUAUGCCCUUGACGGUCAAUGGAACGGAUCACAAUGUAGCGAAUUGGGAGUUAGUGAUGACCGAAGCAGCCAUAAUGAUGGCAGUCUUCCUCGAAGAUCCCGACGCGUAUAACACCGCCAUGAAAUGGUUCUUGCAACGAGUCCCCGCCACGGUCUACAUGACCAGCGACGGAAAAUAUCCAGUCGCAGCUCGGGGACAAAGCUCCUCCCCAGAGGCAAUCAUAGAUUGGUGGUUCGGUCAAUCCAUUUUCAAGGAAGAUGGCCAGGCACAGGAGACAUGUCGUGACCUCGAGCACACUGGAUACUCUUUUGCAUCUAUGGCACAUGUCGCUGAGACCUCUCGUAUUCAGGGUACUGACCUCUACGAGACCAACGUGGGAACACGACUGCGCUAUGGACUAGAGUUCCAUUCACAGUUGGUCAGUGGGGAUACAGUUCCCUCCUGGGUCUGCGGGGGAAAGCUGAAAUUAAACUUAGGUCCGGUUACAGAGGUUGGGUUCAACGGUCUGUCGUUUAGGAUGGGUAUCGAUAUGCCUGAGACUGAAAAUCUGACUGCUAAACAGCGACCUGCAGGAAAUAAUGGGCUGUUUGUUGCUUAUGAGACUUUAACGCAUGCAGGAAACAAUGCUUGA